CCGCCCGCGCGCGCCCGGGAGGCGGGGAGACUGGGCGAGCGGCCCGGCCGCGCAGCUGCUCUCCGCCCGCCGCAGGUGGAGGGCCGCCGGGGUGGUGGAUCUCGACCGCGCCGUCACCGCCGCCACCUGGGCUCCGAGCCCGCCUGGCCGCCCCGGGGGCGCAGGCGCGGGGCGCCGGGGACCCGCGGACCCGGGCGGACCCGGGCGCGGGGGGCCGCAGCUCGCCCAUGGCCGAGGGCCGGCGGCGGGACGACGAGGAGGAAGAGCUGCGCGAGCGCCGCGAGCUCGGGGGGCCGCGCCGGGCCCGGGGCCGGGCCAUCUCCAGCCACUCGGCCGCAGAUCGCAACGAACGAAAUAAACCAGAGCAUCGUUCUUCAAGCCAAGGACCUUUGUCAUCCAUCAGAGCAGUGAUCAAAAGAUCUUCUCGAACUUCUAUUCAGAGUGAACUUCAUCGAGAUAGAAGGCGCCCGGAGAUCACCAUCGUGGCUGCAGAGCCUCUGAGGCCAGCCUCCUGGUUCCCAGGAGCCGCACCCCCAGGACUGGGGUUCCCACCUACUCCCGCAUCAGGCCCUUGGAGACCAAAUGAGCUAGUUCCUGCAGAGCUCCCACCUUCAUAUGAGCAAGUCAUAAAAGAAAUCAACCAAGUUCAAGUUAAUACUACAAACAAUAACAAUGCUGCUGCCACACCGAGGAGCACUAGCACUUCUGCCACUCAGACCGACUUCCCAGAAGAAAUAGACAACAGUCUGCCUCAAACACGACAGGCUUCGCUGCAGCCUUCCCCAGCAGCCUUCCCCGCUGAUCUCCAGAGGAAUACAGCCCCUCUUAUAGUCUUUGAUAUUCCUGAAGAACAGAACUGUCCAGGAAACCCCAGUGCUACAAGAUGUCCAGUGCCAAGGCCAAGAUCAAAAAACAACCUCAGACCAGCAGCCAGAGAGACUAACAUUAGAGAAAAAAAUCACCAGAAAAACAGCUCAGUGGACCCCGAAGAGGCGUCAUCCCCAGGCUGGUCCUCAUCUCUGCUGGACAGAACCAACGACUUGGAUAGUCAGGCAGUGAUGUACACUAUGAACCCAGAGCAAAGCCAAAAUAGUAUUGUUUCGAGAGUCAAAGCAUUUGAGGGUCAAACCAAUGUGGAAACCUCCCCAGCACUGCCUAAGAAACCAGAAAUUACCCCUCGCACACUCCCCCCAAAGCCAGCUGUUUCCUCAGGAAAACCAUGUGUGGCCCCCAAACCAGGUGCUGGCACAGCUCUGGGAGACUGGGACACUUGGACUGAAAACAGACUCAAGGUGACCUCCAGGCAAGGGCUCACUCCAUACUUGCCACCACAGGAAGCAGGAAACAUCCCUGUAACCAAACCUGAAUUGCCAAAGAAACCAACUCCUGGCCUUAUUCGAAGUGUUAAUCAUGAGAUUUUGGGUGGGGGCCUCCUGGCUGAGAGUGCUGGUGUAGGGAAAAAAGUCCCAACUCCUGCCCCUCGGCCUUUGCUGCCGAAGAAAUCAGUUUCCUCUGAAAACCCCACCUGCCCUUCAGUUCCUCCAAAACCCAGCCCUGUUCCUUCUGGACUCUUGGUGUCAUCACAAGCCAAAGACUUCAGGUCACUGGGAGAAGGAGCUCUGGCUAAUGCUCCGGCCCCAGCUCUGCCAAGCCGGCCCCUGGGGGACAUAGACCUCAUCAGCUUUGAUGAUGAUGUUUUGCCCACCUUGUCUGGGAACCCAGCUGAAGAAUGUGUUGGUUCAGAAAUGGUUCUAGAUCCCUUUCAGCUCCCCACAAAAGCAGAAGCAACAAAAGAAAGGUCAGUUCAACCAGCAACCACCAGGAAGCCCACUGUCAUUCGGAUCCCCGCUAAACCAGGAAAAUGUUUACUUGAGGAACCACAAACUCCACCUCCACUCCCUGCUGAAAAGCCUAUUGGAAACACAUACAGUACAGUGUCUGCAAAACUCAGUAAUGCUGACAGAAGUAGAAAUUCGGAAUCUGACCACGCCAGUGAUUCAGGAGGUUUGAUGCGAGGACCCCCAAGGUUGCCACCAAGACCUGCAAACGGAAAAGCCAUUCCAACUCGACGGCCUCCUUCCAAAGGAGCCCCCGAGAGACCACCUCCCCCCAAACUUUCUGCCACCAGAACAUCAAAAAAACUGCCUUUUAGCCGAUCAUCCUCUGAAAUGGAUCUUCAGAGAAAACAAAGUCACUUGGCAUCUGGACUCUCAAAAGCCAAGAGUCAAGUCUUCAAAAGCCAGGAUCCGGUGCUACCCCCUCGCCCCAAACCAGGACACCCUCUCUACAAGAAAUACAUGCUGUCUGUGCCUCAUGGACUCUCCAAUGAAGACAUUGACUCACAAAAGCCCACAGAGCUCUCCUGUAAGGAGUUGGGCCUUGCUCAGAAGCCAGUUGGCAGUAGUGCUCCUCAUGCCGUCGUCCUUCAUGAUUUCCCAGCAGAGCAAGUUGAUGAUUUGAACCUCACAUCUGGAGAAAUUGUUUAUCUGCUUGAGAAAAUAGAUGCAGAAUGGUAUAGGGGUAAAUGUAGAAAUCAGACUGGUGUAUUUCCUGCCAACUAUGUCAGAGUAAUUGUUGACAUUCCAGAAGGAGGAAACGGGAAAAGAGAAUUGGGUUCAUUUCAAUGUGUUAAAGGCCCAAGAUGUGUUGCUCGGUUUGAAUAUAUUGGAGAUCAGAAGGAUGAGUUAAGUUUCUCAGAGGGAGAAGUUAUCAUUCUUAAGGAGUAUGUGAAUAAUGAAUGGGCUAAAGGAGAGGUUGGAGACAGAACUGGGAUCUUCCCCCUGAACUUUGUGGAACUCCUUGAGGAUUUUCCUGCCCCUGGUGCAAAUAUUUCAAGCACAAAGGUACCACCGAAGACCAAAAAAGAAGCUUCUGGCUCAAAGUCUCAGGAUAACAAUCUCUCUGAAGAAUGGUGCAAAGCUCUCCACAGUUUUACCGCUGAGACCAGUGAUGACUUAGCCUUCCAACGUGGGGACCGGAUUCUGAUCCUGGAGCGUCUGGAUGCUGACUGGUACCGGGGCCGGCUGCACGACAGGGAGGGAAUCUUCCCAGCAGUCUUUGUGCAGCGUUGUGCAGCUGAGGCAAAAACCGUGUGUACCCCAGGACUGAAGGGGAGGAAGGCCAAAGCCUUGUAUGACUUCCAUGGAGAGAAUGAAGAUGAGCUCUCCUUCAAGGCUGGAGAUAUCAUUACAGGGUUAGAGUCUGUGAAUGAGGAGUGGAUGAGUGGAGAACUGCUGGGGAAAUCUGGGAUAUUUCCCAAAAACUACAUUCAGUUCCUACAAGUCGGCUAAAGAUGAAGCUUGACUGUUCCUGGACGUGAGAACCCACUUGAACUAUCACGCUGACUAUCAGAUUUGUUUUUGCACUAUCUUUUUUU